CAGACGGGUUCUUCUAACGUGAUGUACCACUGAUCCAAUCCAAGACAAACAGGGACAUCAUGUGGCUCUUUAUACUGAUUUAUGUCCUGGGGUUAAACAUCUCUCAGGCUUCUGGAGCAGCCAAUUCAACACAAAUGUAUUAUUUCAAACUGAAGAUAGAUAAAAACGCAAUCGGAAACCUAUCGACAGCAUUUGUGUACAACAACAACAAUGUGCGAGUCAGCGACCUUAAAAAGACAACAAUCUGUCAGAAUGUUACGAACGGUGUGCAGUGUACCUGCGAGCCGCUCCACAAAUGGGGCGAUAAAUCUUGUGAGUCUAAAACUGAAUGUUGUCAAAAAGACACAUGCACCUUCUCCAAAGACAAGGCUACCGCAUGUGUUUCAAACACCUCAGUGACCAUCAACGGGUCCAUGGAGUUGAAUGUACUGAACUAUGCCAGUUGUCUGAAUGAGAAAACAUCCGUGGAGUAUAAAAAAUGUAGCAACAAUGUGACGACAGAGAUGAAAAUGAUGUACAGCACUUUGAGUGGAUUUAACAACUUAGAAAUUCUCCGAUACAGACUUGGAAGCAUCUACGUAGAGUUUCUUAUUAGCAUUGCCGAAGCUGUCGACCCACAAGCUUUGAUAAGUAUAUCAAAAGAUCUGUCUGAGGCUCUAGGACCACUUUCUAUGGAGACUACAGGUGUUGUCCAUUUAAAAAUACCAAAAGGCCCCGUGUGUUACAACAAGACGGAAAAGCUCGAAUGCACUGUACAACAUGACCUGCAGACCUCUCCAAGGUGGCAGUUGAAAUCAAAGGAAAGAUCAAAACUCAUAACUAAUGGCACACAAGCAACGUUGACACAGGAAACACUGAGGACCACAGUCACAAUUACAGGCGUUGAUGCACUCUGGGAAGGAGAGUACAUGUGUAUCUAUGAACAGUCUGCAAACAAUUCUUUCACCAUAACUCACAAAGCCAGCGGUGUAAUGGACGUAGCCCUCCAGCCAAACAUUGCCAUCACCACAAGUCCAAGUUUUCCAUCGUGUCAGGAUGAAGAAAGCGUCACUCUAACAGUCCAGUGUAAUAUAGAUAACAGUGAUGAAAGUUAUGUUGUGAAGUGGAGCAGCCAAAAAACAGCAGUAACACAACCAAUACACCAAGAUGGAAUUUAUAAAGCUCGAAUAGUUGUUAAAUGUGAUCCCAAACCAACCACACCGCCACAAGUGAAUUGCUCGUUUGUGAACAGCUGCAAUCAAACGAGAAACGCUUCGACUGAUAUCAACAUCAUAUAUGACGGCGACAAAUUCUGUACAGCAAACGGUGACUGGGAGAACACCAAAGCUGGUUUCACUGCAGUGUUAAAAUGCAAGGAUAACGGACCUGGAGAAAGAAAAAGGAAAUGUAACAGCGAUGCGACAUGGGGACCUGAGACUUCAUCGUGUGUAAACAAGGCCGUGGACAACGUGCUGCAGAAAGCAAAUAUUAUUGACAUUGGACUUGGCGAUGUACAAGAAAAUGCUGCAGACGUGUUUUCCCUCCUUGGGAAUGUCACAAAUAACACACAGAAUAUCAACACUUUCGCCAACAUGAAUGCAACUAUUGAAGUACUUUCCACUUUGAGUAAAAAGAGUCAACUGAAGCCGAAUAGUACAUCGACGAAUGACUUUUUGGAAUCAUCCAGCAAUUUGCUAAACAAGUCUCUUGCCGAUACAUGGAAAACAAAGACUGAAAAUCGUUCAUUAGCUGGGACAUAUCUGGAUUCUGUUGAGCAAAUAAUUAGGAUGGCAGACAUACAAAGUACGACUACAAAGAAAAAUUUAGAGGUAGCCGCAAAAAAUUGCUCAAAGGGGUCAAAGUGUGAGAACAAAGUGUUCAAUGUCACAAUCCUUCUUGAUAGUGAGGACCCAGGCAGUGUAAAAACAGCUGGGUUUAAAGAGCUGGACUCUUAUUUGCCUAACAAAGAUGAUGAUUACCAGCCGAACAGCAUUGUUGUGUCAACCACUGCUGAAAGGAAAUCAAGUUCAGUCACGAUUGAAAUUGAUUUCCCAUUAACCAAGAAGAGACCUCGCAACGUUAAGAUGCAGUGUGUGUCAUGGGACAACACGACCAAUAGCUGGUCGUCACUAGGGUGCAAAUGGGGUGGUCCUGAUGAUGAAGGACGCUGCAUUUGCACCCAUUUGUCCUCAUUUGCCAUUCUAAUGUCAAAGUAUCCCAUCGACAUCCCUUACAUGACUGAGAUAACCUACGCUGGACUGUCAGUAUCAGUCAUAUCACUCAUUAUCAGUCUUACAAUAGAACUGAUUGUCUGGAGCACUGUAGUCAAGACGAAUUCUUUAUAUUUGCGCCACACUGCCCAUGUAAACAUUUCUCUAACUUUGCUGAUUGCUGAUUCCUGUUUUUUAGCGUCCUCUGAGCCGAGUCAAAUUUCGGUAAUCUGGUGCGAGAUUGUUGUGUUGUUUAAGCAUUUCUGUUACCUGGCCAUGUUCUUUUGGAUGUUGUGUUUGAGUACCACGCUUCUUCAUCAAACAACUUUCCCGUUACAUCAACUGAGCAAGAAAGUCUACCUGAGAUACUCGUUAUUUGUGGGCUACGUGUGCCCCAUGCUUAUUGUUUUUAUCACGUUUAUUACCAAUAAGGCCGGUUCUGAGAACACAUACUUCAGUAAAGAGACCUGUUGGCUGGUUUAUGAUGGGUUUAUGGUAGGGUCCAUCCAUACAUUUGUCAUACCAGUCGGUAUAAUUGUUUUCAUCAACAUUUUCUCCAUGGUGGUUGUAAUCAUGAAGCUUCUGCAUCACCCUCAGUUUGCAAAAACAUCUAAUAGCACUGAAAAAAAGGCUCUUGUAACUGUCAUGAGGUCAGUCGUCCUUCUGACUCCAAUCUUUGGUGUGACUUGGAUCUUUGGGUUUGCCGUGAUGAUUGUCGACCUCACGUCUGGAAUCCUGGCCCUCGCAAUCAAUUACAUCUUCACCGCGCUGAACGCAUUCCAGGGUUUCUUCAUAUUGCUAACCACAUGCCUGUUUGAUAAAAUGACCCGUGAAGCUCUGCUGAAUCGUUUCAAAAUCAACAGUCCAUCAUCGAUUACCGAAAGCUCUGCAAAGUCAGAAUCAAUCCAGAAAUAAAGCAUCCACUCUCUGAUUCGACUGCUCUUUGG